CUCCACCACCUGGGCCGCUGACUGGGAGGCGGAGGCCGUGGUCAUUAGGCCGCGGCGGGCACGGCGGCGGCGGCGGCGCGGGUGAGACGAGCGGAGCGCCGCAAGUCUGCGGGGAGGUGAUGCCGCCGCGCGCGGGCCCCUGCGCCAGGCGGGCGCGGUGACAGGCCGGCCUGUGCGGCGCUUCCGAGGGAGGCCGCGACGGAGCUGUCGGACUGGCCAUGGGCUGAGACACUUCCUCUGCGAACAGUGAAAGUGACCCUUCCUUACCCUACCAGAACAUGCCAGGUGACUCCCUCCCAGAUCUUUCUUGUGGUCUUCCUCAACCUCCCCAGCGACACUAUGCAACCCCAGCGUGACCUGCGAGGCCUCUGGCUCCUGCUGCUGUCCUUGUUCCUGCUCCUCCUUGAGGUGGCCAGUGCUGGCCGUCCCGUGGUCAGCUGUCCUGCUGCCUGUCUGUGCGCCAGCAACAUCCUCAGCUGCUCCAAGCAGCAACUGCCCAACGUGCCCCACUCCCUGCCCCGCUACACAGCACUACUGGACCUCAGCCACAACAACCUGAGCCGCCUGCGGGCCGAGUGGACCCCCACACGCCUGACUCACCUGCACUCCUUGCUGCUGAGCCACAACCACCUGAACUUCAUCUCUUCUGAGGCCUUUUCCCCAGUACCCAACUUACGCUACCUGGACUUGUCCUCCAACCAGCUGCGUACACUGGACGAGUUCCUGUUCAGUGAACUGCAAGCACUGGAGGUGCUGCUUCUCUACAAUAACCACAUCAUGGAGGUAGAUCGCUAUGCCUUCGAUGGCAUGUCCCAGCUGCAGAAACUCUACUUGAGCCAGAAUCAGAUCUCCCGCUUCCCUCUGGAACUGGUCAAGGAAGGAGCCAAGCUACCCAACCUAACGCUCCUGGAUCUCUCCUCCAACAGGCUGAAGAACUUACCCUUGCCGGACCUGCAGAAGCUGCCCGCAUGGAUCAAGAAUGGGCUCUACCUGCAUAACAACCCCUUGCCUUGCAACUGUGAGCUCUAUCAGCUCUUUUCACACUGGCAGUACCGGCAGCUGAGCUCUGUGACAGACUUUCAGGAGGAUCUGUACUGCAUGACCUCCAACAAGAUACACAAUGUCUUCAACCUGAGUUUCCUCAACUGCAGCGAGUACAAGGAGCGUGCCUGGGAGGCCCACCUGGGUGACACCUUGACCAUCAAGUGUGACACCAAGCAGCAGGAGAUGACCAAGGUGUGGAUGACACCAAGCAAUGAACAAGUGCUGGGUGAGGUGGCCAAUGGCACAGUGAUGGUGUUCAAGGAUGGCAGCCUUCAUUUCCGGAAGGUGCAGGUUGAGGAUGGGGGUGUGUAUACUUGCUACGCCAUGGGAGAAGCUUUCAACGAGACACUGUCUGUGGAGUUGAAAGUGUACAAUUUCACCUUGCAUGGACACCAUGACACUCUCAACACAGCCUAUACCACCCUAGUGGGCUGUAUUCUCAGCGUGGUCCUGGUCCUCAUAUACCUGUACCUCACCCCUUGCCGCUGCUGGUGCCGGGGUGUAGAGAAGCCUUCCAGCCAUCAGGGAGACAGCCUCAGCUCUUCCAUGCUUAGUACCACGCCCAACCAUGAUCCUAUGGCUGGUGGGGACAAGGAUGAUGGUUUUGACCGGCGGGUGGCCUUCCUGGAACCUGCUGGAUCUGGGCAGGGUCAAAAUGGCAAGCUCAAGCCAGGCAAUACCCUGCCGGUGCCUGAGGCAACCGGCAAGGGUCAGCGGAGGAUGUCGGAUCCAGAAUCGGUCAGCUCUGUCUUCUCUGAUACACCCAUUGUGGUGUGAGCAGAAUGGGUUGGUGGGUAGAUUCUGCCCCAGGAGAGGUAAUGCACCCCCGAAGGAUAUGAGGGGAUGGAAGAGAGGGCUGGCUGCCCAAGGGAGUGGGUUCCCUCGACCUCAAGGGAAUUGGUCACAGCUACAAUAGCAGGUAAGAUCCCAACCAGGGUGUGGCUGCCAUAAUUUUCAAAAUCCUCAGGCAAAUGCUACGCCCUCUCCAAAGCACUGGAAAUUCUGAAUGUGUUGGAGGAGGAGCAGGAGCAGGAGUGUGUCUCAGUUGGGUGAGAAUGAGAAAGGGGUGGAAGGAAAAGCAGAUUCCCUAAACUUUUUCGAGGUCAUCCCUAGCUCCUUAAGAGACAGUCAUUUGAGAGAAAAAAAAAAAAAAUCAAAAAACCUUUUUUUUUCUAUCUCUGCCCUCCCAUACUUGUGAUGGGGGAGGGCCUUCCACACUGGGGAAAAGCUGUAGUAUCUUCAUUGGCUAGGAAGUCAUACUUCACAGCUGGGGAAAUGGAAAACCUAGGAAAAUGAGUCAGGAAAUGGUUGAGACCUCAAUUAAUAACACUCCCCGAAACGGUUGUGAGACUUCCCACCAAUGCCUUCCUCUUCCCCAGUGAGCCUUGGGUAGAUGGGUCUUUGCAGGAGCCCUGACCCGUGGUCUGUGGGAUACAGCAACACAGUGAGAUGUGGCAUUUGUGUCCUGUCCUCAGAUCAGUGGCACAGAGGGGUACAGCAUGAACUGAGGGGUCUGUGUCACAGCAUAGGUGCCAGCAUAAAACUGGUAGAUGGGGGGUGGGGUGGGGUGGACUUCAGAGAGGCUAAUUUCCUGGUUUGUAAAACCCUUGGUUAGUAUUUCAGUCCCAGCACCUGUGUGUCAGACCAGGGUGGAGGCUGCUGAAGGCAGAGCUUUUAUGGAUGCCUGCCAGAGCCAGGAGAUGUCGGGCCACCUCCCACUAGAGGGCUGAGGGUAAACCAGCCUCUAUUAUGUGGCAUCCAGCUGGACCUACCUGAUUUACUGUGUUUGCCAUCUCUUCAUUCAGUCUGCUUAUCAGGCUUAGGUGGGAUUCUGGGUGAAGGAGCCCAGCGAAGUCUGGCUCCAGCUGGGCUAGACUGAGCUUGGGAAUAGAAGAGAUCAAGCAAAUAUCUCCUCUAUAUUGACAAGGCUGCCUUGCUCCUCUCUCAGAGAUCUCACCCCUGCUGCGAAGCCAAAGCAUGGGAUGUCAUUGCCACAGAAUGGCAGCUUGGAGUGUGGCUUAGAGUUCUGCCCUCUCCACAAAGUUCCAGGCAAUCUUGUGGCAGACAGUAGCACUAAAUUUUCAGAAAGUAUGUCCUGCCAUCCCCACUCCUCUCAGCCAGAGAUCUGUGCAAUUGUGGUCUUCAGGCCAGAGGAGCCCAAUACUCCAUCCCAGAACACUCUGGAUAUGGAGGUGAUUGCUCCCAUUAACUUCUCCCUUUGACCAUACUGCAAAUGCUGGGAGGUGGCUGCUCUGAGCUUUGGCAGGGAGAUGGGAUGAGCAGCGCAAAGGUGAAUAUGUUCUCUGAUGUUGGUCUUUUCAGUCUCUCUCCUCUCCCACCAGGUUCUCUGUCCAUUGGAAGUUCUCCAGAUCCUCUAGUUAUCCAACCUGCUCUUUAGGUACCAAGAGGUGUUUUUUACCUGAAGUUGAGGGCUGCUUGCUAGGAGGGCCUGUAUCCAGCUGCCUAUUAAGAUUGGGGAAGGGGACUGGAACUCAACAUCUUCCCCUUGUAUGUCCUGGGAUCUUAAGACUGCUGUCCAUCCUUUAUGAGUAAUCUGGUUUUGUCAAGAGAGAGGUGCAGCACUUCCCUCAAGUACUUGCAUGCUCGUAGGUAUGCAUGCUUAUAGGUAUGCAUGCACACCAGCACUUUGACUUCCACCAGGACAGUGAUUCUUAGUCCCCACUAACAUCCACUCUCAGAAUGGUCUCCACCUGUAUGCCCUGUAGGAGAGACAGUGACCAUGCCAGGCUCCCCCAUACACAAACUCUUGUACUUGAAUUUCUGAACUCCUCGAAGCUUUGCCCAUGUCUCCAUGGCACUGAAUCACUUCUCUGCAAAGGCUGGAGUUAGGAGAACCUUGGUUUGAAGACCCUGGGAGAAGCGGUGGUGAGAAGCUAGCUGGGUCUCCAAACUCCUCAGAAACCUUCUUCUUAAAGACUUAAAGUUGAUAUGUUUGAGAAGUUAAGACAGAAUUAGGCAGGGGGGCCAAGCAGCUUUAAAUUGCUGUUCCUAUGUUAACUACGCUGGUAAGAAAGGGGCAGGAGGGAAGAGAGUUAUCUCCUUAUAUUCCAGAGACCUCUGAAGAUUUUUGUUACUGGAGCUCACUCCUCAGACUUAUCAGAGAACCUGGGGAAAAUCUCAUCUUCAUGCUGCAGUUUCCCCUCUAGGCACUAUCUGAGUAAGGCUUUGAAAAUCUUUAAAGUGAAUGUCAAAUGAAACAGGCCUUCUGGGGCAUUCGAGCUGAGCUCCUGAGGAGCAGGAAGGCCAUUUUCUUCAAACAUCCUACCCAGUUUAGGGAAUAAGAAAAGGCCCCAGGGCUCUAAGACUCCCUAUUAUAUCUACUAGUUUGGCCCCUAGUUUAAGAGACUUGGUGACGGUGCCUGACUGCUCCACCAAGAGAUAUAACUGAUGAGCAGUCUCUUCUGUGGUUUUGGUUGAUAGAACCCAAAGGUGGCUAUCUCCUUGGGGGACUAAGGACUCAGCAUUACGUAAGCUCACUAGAACCCUGUGUGUAGAAAACUCCCAGGUCUGGUUAUAAGAAAACGCUGAGCGAUCACCUCCUCCCCUCUCUACCACCCAUAAACUAGACGUGUCCUCCAGGAAGCAGGUAUCCCUGGGGACAGAGUGUGACAGGGCUCUACAAUCUGUCUGUGUGAUUAUUUGUGAUCUUUUUUUCUUUGCCUGUAUUCGUGGGGCUCGCAGGAAGGGGCCAGGAGAGGGCACACUUCAGCUGGGGAGAGCAAAGCGGACUGAUUCUAAUUUUCUGUGUGUUCUUACCUCUGUACUUCUUUGUAGCCCUGCUGGCAAGCAAGCGGGCCUCCCUGUGUCCAGGACCCUGUUCCUCCCACUUGUGUACUCCCAGGCUGGCAAACUUUGGAGCCUCUGGGCUCUGAAAACUAGACAAUGAUCAUUAAACCUGGCUUGAGUCUCUGUUC